AUGCCCUCAUCUAGAGGAGAUCAAAGCAGGAAAAAGAUAAGGGGAGAGAAGACAGCUCUCCUCCUUCCACCCUCAAAAAAAGAAGGCUAUUUCCUGGUUGGACAUCAUCAGGUUGAAUUUGCUGAACAAAUUCAUUACACAAUCAAAAAAGAAUGUUUUUAUGCAGACUUCUGCUUCAUUCAAGAUGGAGUAACAGGGACCAGAGUCAGCUUCUUGCCUGAAGCCACAAAAAUAUCAGAUCAAACAUAUGAAACACCAACACUCAAGACUUUGGAACAUCAGGCAACAAAGGAAAGUGACCCCUGA